CGUAUAUAUAUUAUUGAUCCCACCAUCCACUUUUGGGCAAUUGAAAAACAGCAGAAAUUGACAAUUGUGCGGCAGCCACCAAAUCUCUAAAGUCCUUGGUCCAGCGGAGUCUGUAUAAUAAUCCAACCUAAAUCUCCAACUUUCUACUUUCUUGAGCAUCGGAGGAUUUUCUUUCCAUUCCUGAACAUGCACGGCUUCUAACUCGGAGAUGUUGAACUUUCAGUACAGAAAGUUACGGCCUAUUUCCGAAAAUGAAGUAAGAACGCGAUCGGUUUGCCGAGAGACGAAAGUUACACUCCUUCAACACACAGGUUUGGCGUCACGUGACUGAUCUUGUGUCGCUUUAUUGAGCGUGUCCGCGUUGUGGCUGUGUCUGCACCCGGACUCUAGUCGUCUGUCACGCCUCCUCAAGUCGGCGGUAUUCUGCAGUAGGACCGACCGCAAAGAUGGCUAGCUGGGAGUACCUUGCUUCUCUCGUCGUGUUAAUGCUACAUCUGAUGCUGAACGUUCAAGGACUGAAUCAGCAUAUCCCAGCAACAUCAGAACAACGGCUGGAUGACCAGCUUAUGAGGUUUAUGGAGGAACAUGGAUACAGUGGAGCCAGCCUUGGUGUUGUAAAGGAGGGGAAACUAGUCUACAUGAAGGCACAUGGAGAGACCAGCCCCACCCCGCCCUUCCCCAUCUCCAGUGUGUGUGAUGUGCUGACUGCUGCAGCAGUGAUGAGGCUGGUGGAGGAGGACAGAGUCGGGCUGCAGGACAGGGUGUUUGGACCAGACGGGAUCCUCCGGUUCCCUGCAGCUCAGGACCUGCAGCUGUAUGACCCCAGGAUCCUGGACAUAACAGUACUGCACCUGAUGCACCAUACUGCAGGUUGGGAAAACAAGAAAAGGUCAACACAAUUCCAUCUAGCUCCAUCGCUUCAUCUGUCAUCCCACCCAAAUGACUCCAAGGUCACAUCAGAUGUAGGUGACCUGGCUGACCAGUUGGUGCAGGUUGUCCAGCCCAGCUCCCUUGACCUCACGGCUGACCCAGGGACCAGGUACCACCUGUCUGACAAGGAUGAGCCGCUCCUUAGGAAGGUGAUCGAGACCACCUCAGGACAGACCUACAAAGACUUUGUUUCCAAACAAGUCCUUGAGCCACUUGGUAUGUGGGCUACUCAGCUGAGACCAGGCCAGACCACAAAGUCUCAGAAGAAACUCCUGUUUGAAGAGGGUGAAAUUCUUGUGGACAGAGAUACCUCAGAACUGAUGGCUACAACUGAGACCUGGUAUUCAACCGUACCAGACCUGCUGCACCUUGUACAAGCAGUUCGAGGAUACACAUCUUCAGGACUCCUCAAGAAAGAAACUGUAAAGAGGAUGCUAGAGAAGCCUGAGUUGCCCAUGCCACAGCAUGUUGAGAUGUGGCAUGGUGCUGGCAUGCAGGUGAACAACAAUGGCACCUGGUGGAAGGGAGGGGGUAGUGAAGGGGUGCAUGUCAUGAUGUUCUGUGAUGGGCAGUAUAGAUUGACUAGAAAUCAAAACAUUGCUUUGUAUGGGCAUGCUGACCACCCUGAAAAGCAGGGAGUAUGCUGGGUAAUCUGUCUCCAUGGCAACAACCCAAUCAGCCCACCAAUCAGGAGGCAGUUAGCCAACAUGAUACACACAUGUACCACUGAACUGCCAGAGAAAGACUUGUUCAUUCAGGGCUACACAGACAUGGUCACUGAGCUGAAAUCAGGCAAGCUGGUAGCACUGAAACAUGGAAUACCAGACGAUCACAUGAAAGCAUACUUGAAUGGUGUACACAGUUUAGGCUACGAGGUACAGUGGGUCAGUGCUUACAAUGUCCAGAACAAGGCACAUUUUGCUGUGAUUCUCAGAAAGCAUAAGAAUGGGACUUCUCAAAUGGUAGGAUUGUAUCCAUCUAAGAAACAGCUCUCAAAGGCUGUGAGUGAGUUAGAGACAAAGGGAUACCAUGUAGACUUCCUGACCAGCUAUACCGGUGAGUCGUGUCAUGAAGUCUGCUAUAUUGUCACUUUUGUUCACAAGCCUGCCCAAGACCUUCAGCAGACUAAAGUCAAGUGGGAGAAAACCUUAGACAAGUAUGAGGAUGAUAGGACAGAUAAGAUAACAGCAGGGUAUGUCAUCAGUAUGCAGAGUGUAGUAUCAGUGCAUGACCAACUCUACUUGUCUUACAUACUUGAGAAACAGAAGGAUGUCUCAAAGACUGCUGUGUACACAAGGCUAACCCUCUCUGAGCUUCAGACAGCUAUACAUACCAAUGGCUUGUCUCAGAAGACAUUGGCUCAUCUGGAUCCUUAUAAAACAAGUGAUGGCACAAGGUUCUCUGCUGUUUUUAACACAAACAGGUACGGCAAAUGGACUUUUCAUGGAAAGUUAACCAAAGAGUUGUUGAAGCAAGAGAUGGGAAGGAGUGCCAGACUUGGCUAUGAACCUAGUAUCUUUGUUGGGUAUGAAGAAGAAGGGGAGAUAUAUUAUGCUGUUAUGUGGAUUCUGCCCCAGUGAUUCUAACAAUAGAAAUAUGUUAUAUACUGUACCUUUGGGAAUGGGCCAGAGAGAUGUACAUUAAAUGAUGUAUUAUGGGGUCAUGGACAAUAGGUAAACCCAGAAUGACAGUAAUGUAAAUAGUGUUUGUGUUCAUUUUGAAUGGUAGUUGUCCAGUCCAAGUUCUGGUACUACAGACAGUAUUUUCUGAUCACAACAGUGAUUGCUUGGCAGUUGAAAAUCUGUAUCCUACUCUUUGUUGUUUUUUUAUGGAAUAA